AUGGACACACUGCCCGAGGAACAGCUCAAGCAGGGCAUGCUGGCCUCUAGCAUCACCCAUCAAGGCUCCGAUUCACAUCUACGGAGGCAAAUCGAUCAGCGCUUCGCGGAUGAAUCACCCUUUAUCCAGCGUAAAAAAAGCAACAAACUGUUUGUAUCGUCUUGGAGUCGUCUGCUCGGCGUAGCGUUCACCUCGUUGGCAGCAGCGUAUUUUUUGCUGCUUUGUUUUCGCUUUAUAGAGUCUGCGCGUCAGUGGUCUCCGCCCACUAGAUCUCUCGCAGAUCGUCGAGGUGAAUCAUGCUAUUCAGGCAGUGUGUCUGGGGAUGGCGAUGUUGGCAGUUGGCCGACGGGGGAUUCGGCAGAAGGUUUAGUGCUGGAGGGUUUCGGGGAAGGCAACCCUUUGCUGCAUCAUGAGGCUUUUGAAUUACAAAGCACUGCCGGAGGAACACAAGAAGAAGUAGUUGCUGCUGGAUUACAAGGCGCUGCUGGAGGCGCAGAAGCAGAAGUAGAUUUAGAGGCAGAGGCUGACGAGGAGAUUUGGGAAUUCGCUGGUGGCGUUGCUUCUAACCCACAAGUACAAGAUGACUUGCACUUAUGGGAAGGUUGGAACAUGCCUGUGGUAGAAGAGCAGCGCUUACUACGUCUCUUUGAUAGCAUGAAAGAGGCUGCGAGUUCAUGCCGAUCGUUGUUGCCAGUGUUGACGCACAAGCAGCGUUUGCAGCUGACAAUCCAAGUUUUGAAGCUGCUAACCCUGGAUUUGGGAGCCAUGUACCUAGUUAGGGAGGAUAAGGAGCCUCAUAGAAGGGCCGUAGGCGACUUUCUUAUUAAGGUGGCACAGUCCGUACUUGAUCGGAAUGGCCAAGGUGAAGAGGACCUUCGCGCUAGUAUCAAGGAGCUUAUAGUUUUACUUGAGAAAAUAAAGGAGCCACGUUAUUUUGAGAAAGAGAUGGGCGCUGCAAAGUACAAAAGGAAGAUGAUAAGCAUAAUUGGAACCGCGGAAACUGCACUGAAGAACUGUAUGGGCGUUUUGAAUGGGCUGCUAGGGCUAAGGACAGAUACGUCGGCGAAGAGGCUGCCGUGGAAAGUAUUCGAGCAGCAGCUGAGCGUUUUGAAAACGAUUUACCAUGUUCACUCUUACCAUAUCGCGAAAGACAGCACACUUCGUGUACACAUUUUAGAAUCCCAGAAGUCGACGGCCGUGUUUUGGCUUUUAGGAAACCACCAUUUAAGCGUAUCUCAAGGCGUGAUUGCUCCGCUGAAAGACUUACUGAAGAAUAUAAAUGACGCUGUAAGAGCUGCUGGAGGUCUUCUGCCGUCCCAAGAGCCAGAUGCCGGGGAGCGUGGUAGUGCUAGCAGCACAGUGGAAGAAAGGACUGCAGAAAUGGUGGGUCAGCAUGCGGGGAGAAGUAAACCGCGGACCCUAAAGCUGCUUCAUGAAAAGUUCGCUCAAGAAGAACAGCCUCCAUCUAAUACUAUAGCUCCUGCACCGCACACAGAAGACGGAGCGCAGCGUUCGCCGCGAGUUCUGGGGCAAACUGCGUGGUCAUCUGAACAACUUGCUGGGCCGUUUUUGCAACAGCAUCUAUUAAUCUUCAACGAACGUCUUCAAGCCCAGUCACCAUAUUUUAGGUAUCCACAUGCCGUCAUACCGGUGGCUGGUCCGUCGAGGUCUGGGUCGCACGCACAAGGAGGGAAAGCUUAUUUUGGGUACCCAUGUUCUCCUUGGCCAUGCACUUCCCUGUCAGGUUCUUCGUAUCUGUCGACUACGCAGCAUCCUGCAAAUCCGCCUGGUAGCAGCUUACUGCAAGAGCAUGUUUCUGCUUCUCGUGGUGCUAGAUACUUUUCUGGUGGCAGUUCUGGAGUGCAUUUGACGCCCGCUACUCCGCUAUCACCGAUGAAUGUAAACGAACCCCCAGAGUGGCUGCAGCCACCUGCGCCAAUUCAAGAACGGGGUUACAGUCUUUUUGGAAGUGGCGGUAUACCUCCGUGGUUUCCUUUUUCACAAGCGACACCUGCCUCUUUUGAAAGACGCGCCACUGCAAGCGACGGAUGGCCGCGUCCAGAGGAAGAUGGCGCCCAUAGGCUUAUAGAGGACGAUGGAGACAAAGAAAGAAAUGGCAUUCCGCGUGACCGUACUCAGAGCGGCCGUCAAUGA